AUGCCGUCCUCCAAGAGCGAGAGCGACUUCUGGAUCGAUGGAUCCCACCGGGAGGCGGCACUGGAAGAUUUCUACAUCGUGGGCCCCGAGCUGGGACGGGGAGCCACCUCGGUGGUGUUCAGCUGCCAGGAGAAGGGCACGGGAGCUCCCUACGCUGCCAAGAUCCUGAAGAAAACGAUCGACAAAAAGAUCGUGAGGACGGAGAUCGGGGUCCUGCUGCGGCUCUCGCACCCCAACAUCAUCAAGCUGAAGGAGAUUUUCGAGACGCCCUCGGAGAUCGCGCUGGUGCUGGAGCUGGUGACGGGGGGAGAACUCUUUGACAGGAUCGUGGAGAGGGGGUUCUACAGCGAGCGGGAUGCGGCGCACGUGGUCAAGCAGAUCCUGGAGGCUGUUUCGUAUUUGCACCAGAACGGGGUCGUGCACCGGGACCUGAAGCCGGAGAACCUGCUCUAUGCAGACCUGUCCCCCGAUGCUCCCCUCAAAAUCGGUGACUUUGGGCUCUCCAAGAUCGUGGAUGAGCAGGACACCAUGAAAACCGUGUGUGGGACACCGGGGUACUGCGCCCCCGAAAUCCUGCACGGGUGUCCCUAUGGACCAGAGGUGGACAUGUGGAGCGUGGGUGUCAUCACCUACAUCCUGCUCUGCGGCUUCGAGCCCUUCUUUGACCCGCGGGGGGAUCAGUACAUGUACGGCCGCAUCCUCACCUGUGACUACGAGUUCGUGUCCCCCUGGUGGGACGAGGUGUCCCCCAACGCCAAGGAUCUGGUCAGAAAAUUGAUCGUUUUGGAUCCCCAGAAGAGGCUGACGGUCCAGCAGGCCCUGCAGCACCCCUGGGUCACCGGGAAAGCGGCGAAAUUCGCUCACAUGGACAGCACGCAGAGGAAACUGCAGGAAUUCAACGCCAGGAGGAAACUGAAGGCUGCCAUGAAAGCCGUGGUGGCCUCCAGCCGCUUGGGCAACCACGGCCACCACGACUGCUCCCGCAGUGGCCGCGGCCAGGGCGGGGCCCGGGGCCUGGCCCAGCCUGAGGCCACCGGCGGCCCCGAGGCCAGCGCAGGCCUCAGCACAGGCCUCAGCGCAGGCCUCAGUGCAGGCCUCAGCGCAGGCCUCAGCACAGGCCUCAGCGCAGGCCUCAGUGCAGGCCUCAGCACAGGCCUCAGCGCAGGCCUCAGCGCAGGCCUCAGCGCGUUCCCGAGUGACCGCCCUGCCGUGGCCCCAGUGGCCAUGUUCCAGAGUGACCACCCCGCCGUGUUCCAGAGUGACCACCCCCCCGUGUUCCAGAGCGACUGCCCCGCCGUGGCCCCGGUGGCCGUGCCAGGGGCUGGCUGUGACGGUUAA